CCCGUAUUUGAAAAAUAAUACUUAUUUAUUCGCAAAAAGAGACUAUUAUUAUUAAACCGUGACCCUGACCGAUAGGCGAUACUAUUAAUAUUAUUUCCUUCUCUUCUUUCCUUUUUUUUUUUUUUUCAUGGCUAAACCCCACAACUUUCCCGAGAAACAAACAUGGGGUACCUGGGAGGAGCUUUUACUUGCCUGUGCCGUUCAUCGUCACGGUAGCAACAGUUGGGACUCCGUUGCUAUGGAACUACAGAAACGUACUUCUACUUUCCAACACCUCUUCUUUACUCCUCUCUCUUGUCAACAGAAGUUUCAAGACCUUAAACGCCGUUUCGCUGAAAACGGUGACGAUGAUGAAACUACUAAUAACAUCUCCACCAGCGCCGUUCCUUGGCUUGAUGAGCUCCGAAAACUCCGCGUCGCUGAACUACGCCGCGAAGUCCAACAAUAUGAUCUCUCCAUCGUGUCCUUACAAUUGAAGGUGCAGAAAUUAAAAGAAGAGAGAGAACAGAGCUUGACAGAGAACGGAAAGGAAACUGAAAAAUCGGAUCUGGAGCGAGAAAAGGGAAGUGAAAAAAAGGAAGAAAACGAAACGGAGAAUAUUACCCGACGGCCCGUUAAUAGCAGGGAAGAGUCCGAGCGGGAGAACCGUUCGGUAAACGAGUCGAACUCUACAGAUCCGAAGGAGGAAGAUCCGGGAACCGGACCUGACGAGGCGAAAGAUGAACUGGAACCUGUCGAACCGGAUGGAGGUGAAACGGGGAAAGAGGUGCAGAGCGUGAAGCCUGAGGGAGAAGCUUCGUGCAACGGGAGCUGUGAUAGUGUGGCGAAGGGAUCAGCUGAAAACUCCAAGCGAGUUGACCCGAGAGAAACCGGUGAUUCACCGGAGUCAGUGGCCGAGUCUAAGGGAGAAGAACCUAAUAGAGAGAGCAGCGAUGUACAGAGCUCGGCUAGCUUGUCCGGGAAGGAAAAGAAAAAUGCUGAACCGGGCGAACCGGAUAAUGGGGAAUUGGACCAAUCUCCCUCCAUCAAGAAGGUGUCCGUUGAAUCUCAGCCGUUGGUUGAGUUCCUUGAGAUCUUCCAGUCUCAUAAGCUCGGCUCCCUUUUCGAGCGCCGACUCGAAAGCCAGAAAACACCGGAUUACUCGAACUUGAUCCGGCAACAUCUUGACUUAGAGACUAUUGGCAUGAGGGUUGAAGAAGGCUGGUAUUCAGGAUGUAAAAGCAAGUUCUUUAGAGACUUGCUGUUGCUUUUAACCAAUGCCAUCAUUUUCUUUGGCAAGGAAUCCUCAGAAUACGCUGCAGCUAUUGAGUUUCGACAACUUGUCUCAAAGGAGAUCGGUGCCCAGUUUCGCAAUUCAAGCGUAUUGCCCAAAGAACAGUCACCAAGUAGAGUGCCUGAAUCCCAGAUGCCUUUGAAACCAGAACCUCAACUGUCACUCUCCUUGUCAAUGAAACCUAAACUAUCAGUCCCAUUGAUUGCUUGUCGCAAACGCAGCUCGAUUGCUGCCAAAUCGUCAACAUCAUCUUCAGGGCAAGAGAAAAAAAGGCAGCUGCUAGCUUCAUUGAUGAAUGAGAAACCAGCUCUAGGUUGGAAGCAGCAUGAUAAAUCCACUGAGGAAAGUCCUGUAGCAAAGAAGAGAACAAGAGAAAGUCCGGCCUCGGGUUCAAGAAAAGCAAGCAAAAAUGCAAAGGCUCGGAGUAACACAAACACAAACAAGAAUUCAGGUACCAAUGCCAAUGCUGCCAUUUCAAGCAAAGGUGGAUCCUCAAAUGAUAACUUGGAAUCCAAGGGUGGUGAGAAGGAGAAGAACAACAGCAAAACUGCGAGUUCAAAGAAACCAAGUGCAGCGAAUUUCUUGAAUAGAAUGAGGAGCUCUUUAUCCGGUAAUGAGCCAUUGACAGAGACACUGAAGGGUGUGAUUAGUUCUGAUAAGGGAAAAGGAGGAGGAGAUGCAGGUGAGCAUAAGAAAAACAGCACUAGCAGCAAAGGUGAUCAACAGAAGGAUCGAACUCCGACUCCACGGACACGUUCUGGCGGAAAAAGAACGAGUCCGGCAAAGAGGAGUACAGGAAGACCGCCUAAAAGAGUGCCUGCCACCCAAUCAGCUCCUCCUGGUAAGCGGGGAAGGGAAGCUGUUGAGAACCAUUCAGGUGGUGGACAGGCAAAGAAGCGUUCAAGAAAAUGAAGGACAGUUUCAGUACUCCAUUUUUAGUAUUGUUGUAAGAUUUUUUUUCAGCAUCAUAGGCAGUUAAAUUAUAUUUUGUUCAAUGAAUUUAUAUAUGUUUUGCGGCAGGGUGGAGAAUGUCAUCUGAUUAUAGAAAAAGUUAUGCAAAACCACGACAUAGAAAAGAAUACAAAAUACGAAGCUAUUGUCAAUUUUUUUUAA